AUGUCUUCUUAUUUAAAACUGUUAAGCAAAGCUACAACGCUUUCGCUGUUGUAUCACAGCAAAACGAUAAGUGGAAAACUUGCUGUCGAUGAAGAAGUCGAAUACGAUGAAAUCGUCGAAGAUGUCUUUGAGACCAUCGAUGGAGUAACAAACAUUGUCGUUACUACAUUCUCAGUAGCACUGCCAACUAUUCCAGAAUUUUCUUGGUUUGGCAAAAGAAACUUAGCGAGACGCAAAUCCUUUAAACUAAAGAAGGUUUUAGAUCCUACUGGAAAAAUCAAACUUCCAACAAAAGCAACGGAUGAAUCGAAAGGUCUCAGAAGCUGGUUCAGUAAAGAGAAGAAGUGGGUGCACAAAAAAGUUGCAGAUGUACGAAAAGACAUAAGCAUUAAAUUCAGAGGAGCUGUGGAAAAGGUGGAAAAGUUUGCAGACAUGUUUGGCAUAUCGUUCGGCUAUGUUGAUUCAGCAUUGAAUUUCUAUGAAACCAUCGAGAAUUUUAAGAAAUGCAAGAAUGCGUACGAAAAAGCGAAGGGUGCUGUUAUGGAGAUGAGAAAAGCUAAGAACACUUUAGAUGAUAUCUAUAAUGAUGCUGUUGGAGCAAGGGAAAUUAUGUAUAAGGCACGAGACCAGCUUAAAAACAAUAUAACAAGUGAAGCCUUUCUCUACGACCUUACUGCACUGAAAAACAACAUGGAAGAGAUUCAAGGUACUGGACGUGGUUUACAGGAUAUGAUUGAUGGCAUCGAUGAUUACAUCCGGGUUAUCAAAUCUACAAAUGACUUUGAAACUGUUACUCGUUUGAUCAGUCGAUUGCAUACAUCUCUGGUUGGCUUUCCUUUCGUCUAUCGCUGUAUCAUUACUAAAGUCACAUUUUUGAGCUCAACCAUUCGGCAGUGUAAAAAGGGAAAGACGAUAGAAGACAUCAUAGAGGACACCAAAAAUAUGUAUGAUGUAAACAGCACCGACUGCCAACAAAAGUUAGGUGGGGGACAUUUGACUCCAGAUAUCAUACAGCGAUUCAUCGAUAAAGCAGCUCAAAACGACGGGAGCUUUAACAAAGACUGCGCGCUAAAUGACGAUAGUAAGAUAGAACAAAUAUGCACUGUUCGUUGUGAGGGUAAAGGAAAAAAUGCUAAGGAAAUCGCGAAGAAAAUCCCUUGGCCUGCGGAAAAGAUAAAACUUGUUCUCCCCAAAUGCGAAUCAUGCAUUGAAGGAAAGAAAAGUAUUAUCUGUAUGGUAAAGAGGGUCCAACCUGCAAUUACCGACUCAGAGAUACAGGAAGAGUUUCCGAUGUUAACACUUAAGGAGAUUGCAUCCGUCGAAUGCAAGAAUUGAUCUUGAAUAAAUGGAGAAUCAUCGGAGAACGGCAGAAGAGAUUUGCAAUGUUUAAAAGUAGCUUACCACAGCAUGUUAUUAUAUGUGAAGCACAUGUAAUCAGAACAAAACAUAUUGUGUAGCAAUAAAGAUCAUGUUGAUAUAA